AAUUCCUAGUUUAUUUGGAAGUAGUCAAAUAUUUUCUUCAAAAAAUCGUCUUGCUUUCUUUUAUUCUUUUUCUUUCCAAAAAUAAUACACAUACAUUCAAAUCUGAGCACCUAUUGUAUCUUGUUCAGUGAUGCAUGUUUUUUUCGCAAAAGAUCGUUAAUUUACUCGAUUUAGAAGCUAGGGUUCUUGAAAUUCAAUUGGGGUUUUGGAUUUGAGCUUAAUCCCCCUUUCCAGAGGCUGUAUCUUUUUCCCAUAUCUCCGAAAUCGAUCCCUUUUCUCAGCUGCCAGCCACAUCUCAAUUACUCAACUCUUAAUUCCGAGUUCGUUGCUCGGGCUUUUCCUCUACUACUUCUUCGAGCCCAGAUUGAGGAGUUCAAUAAUCGUUUCGGGGAAUGAAUUUUUUUUUCUUGAACUAAUAAAUUAAGAAAAGAUGCUAUUUUCUACUUUCCCCUUUUAGAGAUUUAGGGUUUUGUUUCUUUGCAGCGUAGAAUUUGAUAGGAAUCACCUUUUUUCGGCGUAAUUUGAAUUCGUCGGAUCUCGCCCUAUUGCGUUUCGGAAUCUAUCCAUGGCGUCGUACCGGCCAUUCCAUCCGCCGCCGCAGUCAACGUUUGCUCCGCCACCGCCUCCUCCACCGUCGUCGAAUCAGAACCCGCCGCCGCCUCCACCACCAGCAGCUGCGCCGCGCGGCGGAAGUCAGUAUUCUCAGAAUUGGGGUCCCUACAACGGCGGCAUUGGGUCGAAUUACAAUUACCAGCAUCCAGGCUAUGGAUCGUCUUCAUCGCAGCAGCAUUUUAACCCUCAACAGCAGCCGUAUCAAUUUCCGCCUCCGCCCCCUCCACCGGAAUCAUCUUCUUAUCCUCCCCCGCCGCCACCGCCUCAGUCUGCCUACUACCCAUCAUCUCAGUAUUCACAGUUUAAUCAGCCACCACCUCCACCGCCUCCUCCUUCGUCUCCUCCUCCUCCACCGCCUCCGCUGCAGCCCUCAUCGCCUCCACCAUUGCCUCCUUCCACGGGUGCGAGUAGGGAGCGUACGCAACCCAAUUCUGCAGUGUCAUCGAGGAAGGAACAGAAGCCUCCAUUGAGUAAUAAAAGACCAGGCGGGCGGGUUGAGACAGAGGAGGAGAGAAGGGUGAGGAAGAAGAGGGAAUUUGAGAAGCAGAAGCAAGAGGAAAAACUCAAGCAGCAUCUUCGAGAGUCACAGAAUAAAGUUCUGCAGAAAACCCAAAUGUUGGCCUCUGGAGCUAAGGGCCACGGCUCCAUUACUGGAUCACAUAUGGGUGACAGAAAGAGCACUCCAUUGUUAGGCGGUGAUAGAAUCGAAAACCGGCUGAAGAAGCCAACCACCUUCCUCUGCAAGUUGAAGUUUCGGAAUGAACUGCCUGAUCCAUCUGCAAAGAUGAAGCUUUUGUCAUUAAAAAGGGACCCUGAUAGAUACUGUAAAUAUCAAAUCACAUCAUUGGAGAAGAACUGGAAGCCUCAGCUACAUGUUGAACCUGAUCUCGGGAUACCGCUGGACCUUCUUGACCUGAGUGUUUACAAUCCUCCCAAAGGUGAAAGGAUACCCCUCGAUCCUGAAGAUGAGGAGUUAUUGCGUGAUGAUGAUCCUAUAACCCCAAUUAAGACUGAUGGUAUUAAAACGAAAGAAAGGCCUACAGAUAAAGGUGUCUCUUGGCUUGUUAAAACACAAUACAUAUCGCCCCUGAGUAUUGAGUCCAGUAAGCAGUCUUUGACAGAGAAGCAAGCAAAAGAAUUGCGAGAAUCUCGAGGUCGGAGCCUCUUGGAGAACCUCAACAGUAGGGAUAGAAAAAUUCAGGAUAUUGUGGCGUCUUUUGAGGAAUGCAAGACCAAGCCUGUCCAUGCAGUUAAUCGCCAUCUACAACCGAGAAGGGUCCUCCCACUUUUGCCUGAUUUUGACAGGUACGAGGACCACUUUGUGGUUGCAACUUUUGAUAGUGCUCCAACUGUGGAUUCAGAAAUCUACAGAAAAUUGACUGCAGCUGAUCGUGAUGAGUACGAACAGAAAGCAAUCAUGAAAAGUUAUGCAUCAACAAGCACGGAUCCUGAAAGGCAAGAUAGAUUCUUAGCGUACAUGGUGCCAUCAGUAGACGAGAUUGAGAAGGAUAUAUACGAUGAAACUGAAGAUGUCUCAUACUCAUGGGUCCGCGAGUAUCACUAUGAUGUUCGAGGUGAUGAUGUGGAUGAUCCCACAACGUAUCUUGUGUCCUUUGGCAAUACAGAAGCCAGAUACUUGCCCCUUCCAAAGAAGUUAAUCCUAAGGAAAAAGCGUGCGAGAGAGGGAAAAUCUACUGAGGAGGUGGAACAAUUUCCAGUGCCAAGAUCAAUAACUGUAAGGAAACGAACCAAAGUUGAUAUCAGAGAAUUGGUAGAAGAAGAGGAUUAUGUACCAUUGAAGGGUAAUCUAAACUCAAGAAGUGGAAGGGACGGCAGCAUGGAUAGAGGACUCACUCGACUGCGUAGGAUGAGUAGUCAGGACAUGGAACCCGAUAAUUACAGCGGUGCCGAGGAUGACUUGUCCGAAUAGUUGCUCUUGACCAUAAUAUUGUUGAUUGCAGGGCAGGAAGAAAGAACAUGCUUGCCCAGUUUGGGCUCUCCCUCUAUCUCUCUCUCUUCCCUUAUGGGAAUCACAUUUAUAUUUUUUUCGUUUUUUGCCUAUUUUCUGGUAAAUUAAACUACAGUUCCCUCUAAAAAUAGAUGAAAGGAAAACUACAUUUCUUGUA